UCUUUUUUUUUUUUACUCUGGUUCUUCUUUUAUAUGCUUCCUUUCUGGUUCUGUUUCUAACAAUGGUCACGACCAUGAAGAAGCCUGUGUGUGCGUUAAACGGAGCUGCCAUUGUUGAUGUCCGAGGAAACACGAGUGAAAAGUUUGGCUCCGAAGCCUUCUUCAGUGGAGCUGCCAAAGCAAGUUCAACCGACAAAAUCAUCGCUUCUUCUAGGAGUGGAACACUGAAGGUUCAUUAUGAUAAAGAGAAGCAGAGUUUUGCUCACUGGAAAAGCCAUCACAGUGAUGGAAGGCUCAGUCUUAGCGUAAUGUUGAUUUUUCCACAAGUCAAUAUUUCUAGAUCUGGAAGCAAAAAUUUAUCAUGUUGUCAAUCAAAUGAUGAAAUUAAACUUAUGAUCAUCAUCUAUAUAUAAUAGCAAACCAGUUUUUAAGGUACUGCUGAGUCAGCAGUGUUGACGUCAUGUAUUGUUGAAAGAAAAAAAAUGAA